UUAACGCUUCAGUCAUCACUGAACUCGGCCCGAACAGAGCUGCAGGAACUACGGUGUAAAUACGACAAAGAAAUGGCGGAAAAAGUGGAGGAGAUGGGUGCGCUAAUGGCGAACCUGGAGAAGGCCAACCAGAGAGCGGAUCUGGCCCAGAGAGAGAUGGAGAGGCUGAAGAAGCAGCUCGCUGGCACUUCUAAAGGGACCGGCCCAUCAGAGGACAGACCCAAGGAGGAGAGGGAGCGCGAGGAGCGAGACGAGACCUCGCUGUCCCGGCUGGAGGCGGUGCUGUUCUCCAAGGACAGAGAGAUCCUGCGACUGCUCGAGAACGUCCAGAGACUCCAGUUCACCUUACAGGAAGUCCAGGACUCCUCGGCCAAUCAGAUCGCCGAGCUGAAGCGGCAGCUGGCCUAUAAGUCAGAAGCUAUAGAGACCCUGGAGGCCAAGCUACAGUCUCAGAUGGAUUAUGAAGAGAUCAAAACUGAACUCAGCAUCCUGAAAGCCAUGAAACUGGCAUCAGCCAACGGAAGUUCAUCCCAGAACGCCUCAAUGGCCGUCGCCAUGGAGACAGGCAUGCCAAGUGACCAAUCGGAGAGCGGAAGCUCGGGGGGAGGAGACGACAAUCAGUUGGAAACAGCAGAAAUCGCUUUUCAGGUCAAAGAGCAGCUGCUGAAACACAACAUCGGUCAGCGUGUGUUCGGCCACUACGUGCUGGGCCUCUCGCAGGGCUCGGUCAGCGAGAUCCUGGCUCGACCCAAACCCUGGAGGAAACUCACCGUCAAGGGCAAAGAGCCUUUCAUCAAAAUGAAGCAAUUCCUGUCGGAUGAGCAGAACAUCCUGGCGUUACGCACCAUCCAGGUUCGCAAGCGAGGGAGCAUCACUCCUCGCAUCCGAACUCCUGAAACUGGGUCAGAUGAUGCCAUCAAGAACAUUCUAGAGCAGGCCAAGAAGGAGAUCCAGUCACAAAGAGGUGAUUGUAGGUCGUCUCUGGGCUGUUCAUCAGGACGUAACAGCUCCGGAGGAAGCAGCAGUUCUGACGAAACCAUCAAGAGCAUCCUGGAACAGGCCCGUCGAGAGAUGCAGGCGCAGCAGCAGGCCCUGCUGGAGAUGGAGGUGUGCGGCCGGGCGUCCUCCAGCGAGCGUCUCGCCCUGCAGGAUCCCGCCAAGGGUCAGCUGCCCCCCACGCCGCCCUUCAUCAAACAGGAAGAGAAUGUGUCCUUGCCGAUGUGCGUGUCCAAUCCCACCGGCAGCCCUCAGAUGCCUCUGAGUGUCCUGUCUCCUGCCGCCUUUGUCCAAAACAUCAUCCGUAAGGUGAAGUCAGAGAUCGGCGAUGCUGGUGCGUAUUUCGACCAGCACUGGUCCGCCGAACGCGGUGCGGUCGUGAUGGGCGUGAGCUCUCACCCGUUCACCUCCGUGUCUCCGUCGCUCUCCUCCUCUUCGUCCACGGGACAUUCGUCCAUGCCUCGUCCCUGGCCGCGGAUGGAGAACGGAGACUGCCCUGCAAACGGCGAGGAAACGUCCGCGCCAGAGGACGAGCCCGUGUUGGGACGGCAGGUGGAGAUCAAGGUGGAGCCAGACGCGUCGGUCAGCAGCGAGCCGCCCUGCGGAGGAGGACGGGUAUCAUACUACCCCACCUACAUCCCCCGAACCCUGAAGCCCACCGUCCCGCCGCUGACCCCGGAGCAGUACGAGAUGUACAUGUACCGCGAGGUGGACACCCUCGAACUCACCCGGCAGGUGAAGGAAAAACUGGCCAAGAACGGGAUCUGCCAGAGGAUCUUCGGAGAGAAGGUGUUGGGUUUGUCUCAGGGCAGCGUGAGUGACAUGUUAUCCAGACCUAAACCCUGGAGUAAGCUCACUCAGAAGGGCCGCGAGCCGUUCAUACGCAUGCAGCUCUGGCUGCUGGACCAGCUGGGUCACGGACUCAACCAGCUGUCCAACCACAGCCACAGUCAGGAUAAGAGCCCCGUGACGAGCCGCUCAUCCCCGUGCCCUCCUCCGAGUCCUGAGGACGAGCACCCCAGCAUGACCCUGGAGCCCGUGAGUCUGGCGCUGGAGAGCAGUAAGGAGAACCAGCAGCCGCAGCACGCCGAGCCCCACGGAGGGAAGAGCACGCCGGGCAUGACGGUCCCGCAGCAGCCCCACAUGCCGCUGGGCAUCCAGGAGCUGGUGGCCAUGUCUCCGGAGCUGGACACGUACGCCAUCACCAAGAGAGUGAAGGAAGUGCUGACCGACAACAACUUAGGUCAGCGUCUGUUUGGAGAGAGCAUUCUGGGAUUGACUCAGGGUUCAGUGUCUGACCUGCUGUCCAGACCGAAGCCCUGGCAUAAGCUCAGUCUGAAGGGCCGCGAGCCGUUCGUCCGCAUGCAGCUGUGGCUCAACGACCCGCACAACGUCGACAAACUCCGAGAUGUCAAGAAAAUAGAGAAGAAAGCGUAUCUGAAGAGGCGAUACGGUCUGCUGAGUCCCGGCUCAGACAGCGAUUCCCCCGGCGCUCAUUCAGACUGCAUCAGUCCGGGUCUGACCCCGCUGGAGCUCUGCCCCUUCAGCCAGGCCAAGAAACCCCGCGUGGUGCUGGCGGCCGAGGAGAAGGAGGCUCUGAGGAAGGCGUAUCUGCAGGAGCCGUAUCCCUCGCAGCACACCAUCGAGAUGCUGGCCGCUCAACUCAACCUCAAAACCAACACCGUCAUCAACUGGUUCCACAACUACAGGUCCCGUAUGCGGCGAGAGGUCCUGAUGCAGGGUCUCCAAGACAAUGACACUGACGCUGAGCACAACAACUACUCCCCGCUGACAUCCCACAGCCCCGCAUCCGACCGCGACGACAGGAAGCAGCCCUCGGCCGUUCACAGCCGCCCUCUGAGCGCCGCCCCGCGCCGCUUCGCUGUCAAACAGGAGACCAGUGAGCCGGAUGAAGACGAGGAGCUCCGUCUGCGGCAGGCCAAGUGCUUCUCCAUCGCCGUCCAGUUUGCCCAGCUCAAAAGCGACCCGGAAACGCCCCCGCACCGCUCGCUGGGCGUCAAAGACGAGGAGCCGCAGAGGAACAGCCAUGAGGACGAGGAGCUGGAGAAGUCGCCCGAGGAUCCCGUCAGCUUCAAGGCUUUGUCCGAACCGUCCCGGAGCAGCCUGGAGGUGUCGCUCAACUCGCCCUCCGCCGCGUCCUCGCCUGGCCUCAUGAUGUCCGUGUCCCCCGUCCCAUCCUCUUCCGCCCCCAUCUCCCCGUCGCCACCCAACCCGCCGGCCCCGAGCCAUCAUCACCCGCCGAGCUCGCCCUCGCUCAACUCCAAACUCAACAAAAGCACUCAGAGACGCAACGAGAAGAUGGCCAACCUCAACAACAUCAUCCAUCGCCUGGAACGGGCCGCCAACCGCGAGGAAACGCUCGAGUGGGAGUUCUAGAGAUUCACGCUCUUUAAGAAGAUCGUAAGCGUCAGAUAUUUAUAAACACAUUUUAGGUAUUUUGAUAAAGUCACUUUGGAUUCUACGUCACAGCACUAGCUGGUUUCGAGGAGAGGUAACGUAGCGGUGUCAUGAAAUGCACACUGACGUCUUGUAGAUUGCCACUGGGUGAGAUUAUGAAAUAAAAGACCUCUGUCUUAAGCCAUCAAAAAGCACUACUUAUUUAAAAACAAAAAAAGAGAGAGACAAUGACCAAAUUUGCUAAUUUUUGAAUAGCAGUUUUUCAACUUUUGUCUGUAAGACAGGACAGCGAAGUCAAGUGACGUGCGGCAGCUUCACGUUGACCGAGGGAUAGUCCUAAAAGACUCUAAAUAGUGAACAAUGCAUAUGUAUUUAGUUUCUUGGUGACAUGUUUUGGAUCUUUUGUUAUACAAGCGUACAACGUGUGAUUGUGUGUGAUGUAGAAAUCGUCUGCAAUAGCCUUCUCUGAACAAGAUGUAGCAUGGAACAUAAUUUACCUUCUAUUUCCUCUCUAGAUAGUAACCUGUGAUAUACUUGAGCGAUACUAUAAAAAGAGAAAAACGGCAAAAACAAGAAAAAAGGAAAUGUAAAAAAGUCGCUACGACGGUAGAUGCAUUUUUGAUUUCGUGAACGUGUCAUGUUUUAUUUGAUUUUAUUUUAUUUUUUUGGUUGGAUACUUUGAGGUUUUACACCAGGGCUCUUGUGCACAGUUUACACACUGCAAAAAAAU